AGGAUCACCAGCCCCGUCGCCUGGCUCCGCACCCGCUUCUACUACCUCCUCAUCCGUCUCUACUUCGACCGCGAGUUCAGCGUCGAGGAGUUCACCCGCGGGGCCAAGCAGGCCUUUUCUGUUGUUUCAAAGCUGCUGUCUCAACGUAAACUUGACCUGCUGGACGAACUUGUAUCCGCAGAGGUACUUCGGGUGUUGAAGGAAAAGAUUUCUUUGCUCCCUGACAACCACAGGGAUGCUUUAGCAGCUGACAUUGAUGCAAUCAUGUACACAACAGAAGGAGAUGUUCGCAUUUACUUUGAUGAUGAUGGAAGGAAGUUUGUUAGCAUCCUGAUGCGGUUCUGGUAUCUGAACGGUGCUAACCUACCUGAUGAAGUCCCAGGUGAAACCAAGGUUUUCCAGAUUGUGUUUGGAGAUGAAAGCACAAAAGAAAAAAGGCAUCUUUUAACAGCAAACUAUGAGUUCCAAAGGGAAUUUACAGAAGGAGCAAAACCAGAGUGGACAAUUACACGAAUUGAACAUCCGAGGCUAUUAGAAUAAAUGCCUUCUACAGUCUUUUUCUGUAUCAUUGUAAAUGUUCUGAUGUGACAAAUGUCAGACUUUUUUUGUCUCGAUUUUUUUUGGCCUUCUUCUCCGAAAGAGGGAUGAAUUUUGUAUGUUUGAUUUCCCAGAACUGUUUCCAAACCUUUCACUAUGCUGCAGCGUUACAAUAAAGCCUU